GAGCCACGGAAAAACGGAACCUCAACAGCCGGACCAAUCUUGAACAUUCAAUCAUCAACAACGAUAUCUGCAGCUCUUAGCUAUAACGUCCGCAUCGUCCCGUCCUACUCUAUGGAAACGUGAUGCCUUUCUUUUUAUGAGCGCAUUCUCAUCUCAGAUCAUCCAUCGUCGCGCGCACCUCCAUGUCAGGUCAAGAGACCUCUCCACAGUCUCCCCCCGCCAAUACACCGAAGCAUCGACGACCCUGGACACCAGACGAGGAUGCGACUCUGAGGACUCUUGUUGGGCACUUUGGUGCUAGUAGGGGGUCUGAGGGUAGAUGGAAGGACAUAGCUUCUGGCCUGGAGGGCCGGACGGCCAAGGACUGUCGAAAAAGAUGGCUUCACUCACUGGAUCCCUCACUGCGUAAAGGUCGAUGGACAUCUCAGGAGGAUGAGAUCCUCCUCUCAGCUUAUGCUCGACUUGGACCGCUUUGGAAUGAAAUUGCCCUUCUCAUUCCUGGGCGGAAAGAUGACCAAUGUUCCAAGAGAUAUAAUGAUAUCUUGAAUCCAUCUGCCAAAAACCGUUUAAGCGACUGGACUGCGGAGGAGGAUAACCUUUUACGCCAAGGUGUAGCAGAAUUGGGCCAUCGAUGGGUCGCCAUCUCAUCACGAAUACCUGGGAGACCUCCCCUCACAUGCCGUAAUCGAUGGCGUACACUCUCACGACUGUCACAUAACCGACAGAGCAGAUCUCAAGGCACUACUCCAUCAUCCUCGUCUCAGAUGUCCCCAUUUGAUAAUGGGAUAUCACCGGCGGCCCAUAAUCCAAAUCUCAGCAUUGAGACGAACCAUGGAGCGACGACAGACUUGAUGCACUUUCCAAUGGAUGCCGAUAUGGGUCAUGACCAAAUGGGAUCCAGCUUUCUCGACUCAGCCUUUUUCGACACCUUCACAGGCCCUUCCCCAUCGCCAUUAAGAGAAUCCGACCCAAGUGACGAAACAGAAACGCCGAAUGACGUAUCUGCCCCAGGUGCUGCCCCAGCAAGUAUCGCACCUAUUCCCGAUCUUCCCUCGAAUAUCGCGACCCAGGCACAAAGUGACCCGAAACCAUGGCCUCAGCCUCCGAAACCGCCCCAAGCGCAGCAACAUCAGAAUACUACGAAUGCAUCAUUCAUGCAAUCGCCCUCUACUUGGUCAUCACUGGGUACAAUGCUGCCACCUGGUACCUCGCCCACGGAUCAGAAUAUGUGGCUAGGAAUGACUGGUAACCCCCAAACACCGAAGAACUGGAAAGCCCCAGGACCAGCAGACGAAUCGAAUCCAUUGCCUCAGACAUUUACCGAACAAUUUCAAGUACCAACAGUAACAGGAGUACCACCGCCUACUCAGCAGACAAUCCAUCACCAUCAUCAUCACCAUGUCCAUCAUCAUUUUCACCACUAUCAUCACUACCCAGGCAAUGGAGAUCAAUGGCGACAGCUGGAGCAGCAAUCAGAAGCCGAGGCGAUGCAAGCACCUUUGCAAAACGAGAACGGGCCCCAAAACCCAGGGUGAUGCGUUUAGCUUAACAGAUCUCACCUCGUCCAGUCAUGCCAGCACGUUGACCUGAAUAAGCUGCCCAAUCAUCCGAAUAAGCCAAAUAACCGGGAAACAAUGUCAUACAGAACCCCCCACCACAAAUGGAUACUGAUUUCCAUUCUGCCAGAUAGUUUCUGUCAUGACGACUAAGUGAGAUGUAGGCCAGCACUGGUAACCAAUAAGCGCUCGAAGAUGUCGCUCAUAAGAUACCACUGUUCUGUGCCGAACAUAUCGAACUCACGACCUUGUGAAACCCCAGAUACGGAUACUGCACAUUUUACCAGCCCAGUAUAGUGACCCCGCUCGCUGCAACCGGCAUGCUGUGCCUUUUUAUGACAACCCUACUUACGAGGCACUGUCAUACUCUUGGGGUGAUCCGUACAUCGAUCAUAUCAUCGAGCUUGGUGGCCAAUAAGCUACGACCACGGACAACCUCUGUAAUGCACUCCAGCGGUUGCGAUUCGUCCACCAAACGCGGAAUACUUGGGCAGAUGCGCUUUUUGUCAAUCACGUCGAUAAGGACCCAUCAGGUUGAAUUGAUGAGAAAUAUCUACCAGUGCACCAUGGAAGGCAUAUUGUGAGUUGGGGAAUUUUUCGGCAACGGCGGUACGCACACUGGCGCGAGUUUCACAGAAGACUCUUCCAACAGCAUUUAUGUCAGAUCGCUGGCUCCCGCCCGCUACUGAAACUCCCAAGAGUAUGCGUAGUCGUUGGCAAUGGCGGGGUUAGAUGCCCACGCUGCUCUCUUGAAUCUUUUGUGGUGAUAGCGAGAAUGGACUGUGUGAAAAGCGGCCCUCCUGAGGAAAGCAACUUUGUACUGCGGAACGAUAUACCUACUGCUAUCACCUCAUGUGCAUGAGUCAUAUCGGAACCGAUACCACGUGACUCAGCCUCAGUGUCACGACGUUCUUCAAAGCCGAGGGGGUCGAUGUGCGUGUGAGGCGCGUGAUGUGAGCCACCAUCUGUUGGGUUUGUUGAGAUAUGGUCAACUCUCUGGGAUUCCAGACAUCAUCACUCUGUUUUCCAAUAUCACAACUUUCCUGCGGAAACGGGUUUGGUCUGUCAUACAACAGUAAAUAUAAGAGUAGGGAAUGUUUUAUGUGUUUUGUUUUGGGGGACCAUACCGUUUAUACUAAGGCCGCUCGAAGCUGGAGUCUUUGGUUAUGCUGGACAGGCGUUUGUUCUUGAAAUUAUGGAUAGAGAAGCCCUUCAACAGGGACGUGAGUUGGAGCGGAUCGCGCUUGUAUGAGGGAACUUUGAACUCGAAGCUAUAAUAAUGAUGCAGUGAUUUCUACUAUUAGUGGUAGAUUCUCAACUACCUUGACAGAAUUAUGUGCAAAUGAAUGAAACAAAACAAAAUCAAUCUCAUAA